CAACAAAACUAUGGCGGUCAAUUUGUGGAGUUGUGGUUUCAGGUGAUAAAAGAGAUGCUGCUAACUUAAAUACUUCACAGCUAAUAACUUUAACAUCAUGGGACACAAGGGGAGUAAACUUAGUCAAGAGAACAUACGAGAGCUGCAGCAGAGCACGUAUUGUAAGUUACAGUGCUUUCCUUUUUACUUCGAUCUCACUGUCAUUAGAUCGGAUAAGCUCACCGCUUCAAUAGAUUUUGAUACUGCGGUCAGCAAUUUUCCCUUUUAGUUGUUUACUUAAGUGCUAAAUGAAGUGUCUUGUAAUUUUUUAUUUCAGUCGAUAAGAAAGAAUUACAGAAAUGGUCAGUAUAUGACUUUUUUUAUUAUUUUAAAACGAACUUUAAAGCUGAUGUUUUGUCAUUUUAAUUGACUAUGAGUUCGCAGGCUUUUGUCAACAACAUUAUUGUUAUUGAACUUUUCUGUUUUGAAUAACUAAGCUGAACUAAAAAUCCUUCAUGUGAUCAAUCUCUGCCUUGUUAUACCUCAUUUAGGUACCGAGAUUUUAUGAAAGAUUGCCCUUCUGGCGAGCUCAAGCAAGAGGUCAGUAAACUUGUAAACUGUUAUCGUUUGCAUAAACUUACUGCUUGUAUACGGCGAACGUAAACACUUGACACGCCGUUUGUUUUCGCAUCUUUUCCCGUAUUUUUAAUCAUUUAUUUUUAUUUUGUAUAGAAAUACUUAAAUUCGUGCCUUUUUCAAAUCGCUCGCAAUGAUCAAGAGUGUUCAGCCAAAUUAAAUACCGUUUGAAUUAUCCGAAAAUGUCAACUCUUAAAUGACCGUAGUACAAGCUAAAUUCUACAGAAACACAGGUGCUUUGCAGCGCUUAAAUUUAGGCUAUAUUUUUUCUAACAAAAGACCAGAAAUACGUUCGAAUACAAGUUUAAGAAGCGCUUUUGAAAGCGAGGUGUGUCUUUUAAUGAACAUUCAUAAGCGAGGUUUGUUACUUGCAUAUUAUAAUCCAUUUCCUUUAAAAACUUAUGAACUUAUUAAUUGCCCUCCUAAUAGGCAAUAAAACAAGACUUUAUUUUUGUCUUUAAGGCUUAGUUUAAACCAAAACAAAUGAAGUGAAUCACAACUGAAAAUAUGUUUAAGGUUUUUCUGUGAAUUGAAAGUAACAAAAAUAGAAAAUGUCGAGUAUGAAUUAAAAAUAUCUCUAACUUGUUACGCGAGUUCCUACUGCUGCAUAUACGUAGAUUGUUUAUGUACAUUCGCCAUGUUUUGGUUACACUCAAUUUGCAUAAGAAGUAGAAAAAUUCAUUAUUUAUACUUAUUUAUAUUUUCGAGAUACUCUAAUUUUUAUUAGUGUCCAUGGUUUACCCAACUUUAAUUAAAUUUUGUUGGAAUUUUUUUUCUGUUCAGUUUUCAGAGGUUUAAAUAUUAUUUAAGGUUAAAGCAAGGUGGUAUUUUGCAGCAUAGAAAUGUCACACCUGAUUGUCAUGUUGGCAUAAUUCUUGUGGCCAAUAAUGUUUUCCAUCAUUUUUAUGGAGCCUUGUUGCUCAAUUUUAUUAUGGAUUUUCAUCUACUAGGAAGGAUAAUUUGCUUAGAAAAUUUGGAUAUAAGAUUUUGAAAUCUAGGUUUCAGAUUUUUAGAUUUAAUGCAAGAUCUGAAAAUCAAUUUUGAUGACAAAAAUAUGGAUCCUCAAGUUGAAUUUCAAUUAAGAAAUCCAUUAAAUUGGAUUCUCUACUAUUUCAUUGGGAAAUCUGAACAAGGAUUUGCAGAAAUGUUCUCUUGAACAGUCAUCUUCAAUGUCUUAUAAUAAUAUGUGCACAUGCAAGACUGCUGCUCUUGAGAGCAGCUUUUAAAUCUUUUUUCUGAAUUUCCCGCCCCCCAAAAAAAAAUGUGAACAGGCAUUAAAAUCUUCUUUUGGAUUUUGCAUUUUAUUGCAGGUCUGAAAUCAAGGUUUCAAAAUCUAAAUCCAGAUUUUUCAAUUGAAUGCACCCGAAAUAGUUAUCUUAAACUGGAAAUAAUCUAGUUUCUAAUAUCAUUAAUUGCCUCUUGUUAACUAUAGAAACCCUUUGCAUGAUAAAUGCUCAUCAUGUUGCUGUCAGCAAGGCAUUUUUUCACUGUUUGUAGGUCUGGAAUGAACAUAGCAGCCUGUCGAAUUAUCCAAGAAACAAGCAACCCCUUGCCACUAUUAUUCCUAGUGUGGGAAAAACAAACACUUUGCUGGGAUUCAAAGCCAGAACCUAACAGUAAUGCCCCAAACUUUGUUUAGAAUUGGAGCACUCGGCUGGCUUUUGUUCAUAAUGGUACUUUGCAGUUUCCAAAGUUCUUUAUGCAGUUUUGUUUGUUACAUUUUUGUUGCUAGACAACUGGUGUACUAUAUAUGGGUAACGGUUUCCAAGAUUCAACUGCCUUGAAGCAACCCAUGCACACCGUGAAUUCUGAGAAAUCUACAAAGCUUACAGAUACAUUGGCUCUAACGUCUUUCUAACCUAAGAAUUUUUCUCAUAUUUUAUUUGUCUAUGUGUAUGUCUUUUGUAGGAAUUUCAAAAGAUAUAUCAGCAGUUCUUUCCCUUUGGUGAUCCUUCAAAGUUUGCAGCUUUUGUCUUUAAAGUUUUUGACAAGAACUCUGUAAGUAAUUUUAAACAUCUUUCACUUUUUUCGUGGCAACACUGUUGUUUCUUCCAGAUUUCAUGCAGUCUUGAAGCAAUUCAUGUGCUGAAGGCCAACUUUUUCUUUUUUCAAUGGUUCUGUUUUUGUUUUAUCCUUUGAAUAAUUUUUUAGUCAUUUUGUUUUGUCCUCCAUUUGGUAAUGUAGUAUAAAUAUGUGCAGUUAUAAGAAAGGCGAAACAAAAAAGUACCCCAGGAUAAAAGAACCACAACGUCUUUCAUGAGCUGAGUAAGACUCACUCUAAACCAGGAUAAUUUCCACUCAAAAGAUCAGAGAGAUGUACAAUAGCCUGCCCCACAAAUGAAACUCUAAAACUCUGGUUAAGUCUGUUUGCAAAACCACACCAAAAUCCUUGUUCUGAGCCCCCAUCUGGGUACCAGGAUUUGAGUAUGCACCAUGAUUGGCUUGUUAAAAAAGCCUUUGUGAAUUUGCCAAUCAGGAUGAAAGGAAAUUUGAAAGGCACCUCCAGUAAUUUGUUGAAUUCAUUGAGGCCCAGAAAAAGGAUCUCGGCGCUGCUUCACGGAUGUUACUAACUGAGGUUCAAUUACAUCUGCUAUGCAAGCUACAUGUACAAUGAAUUAGCCCCAAGAGAAUUUUUGUGUCUCAGUUUGGACAACUCAGUAAAUCAAAGUCAAUUUUCAUGUUUACUUCUUUACCAGCAAUAGAUCACAUUUUCAUAGCAGAGUGCAGCCAUUCGGCAGCUUCUGUACGUGAUGUUUUCUUUUUCCUUAUUAAUAUAUGUGAUUUGUGAGGCAUGUGAGCACAACAAAGUGCAUGAGUCGUAAAUUCUAGAGAAUAAUAAGGGUGCAUGUUUACAUAUAGAAUGGAUCAAGAAAACAGAGCUAGUAAGAUAUAAUUGUUUGUCAAUUAUCUUGGGUAUUUCUGAUCAUGCAAAAUGCAAGUGCAAGUCAAGGAGGUCGUACAGCAGACAGCACAAUAAUAAUAUUUAUUUCCUCCUAAUAUACUGACAAAUUAGUUUGUUUACUCUCUGAAUGAUAAUAAAUUACAUUUAUUUAGUUAAACAGAAACCUAUUUAGUCUUUCCCUGUCAUUGACACUUACAGUGUAGUUAGGAAGUUUAAUUGUUUAAUGAAGAACUCCAUUAAAAAUGCCAUCUUUUUUUGUUUUCCUCAGGAUGGAUCAAUUAACUUCAUAGAGUUUAUCUCUGCUUUAUCAGUUACUUCCAGAGGAAGUUUGGAUGAAAAAUUAGAGUGUAAGUAUUACCUUUAUAGCUAUUUUCAUUUUCUCUCACUUUCUCUCUCUCCCUCCCUUUCUCUUUUACUUUUUAUUCUUUGUCGUUCAUUUUGUUGUGUUGUGUUUUUUUUUCUCUUAGACAUGUAAACUAUUAUGGGCUGCCACAGGAGAAGUAGUUGUACAUUUCUGGUUGUUUUGCAAUUAUCAUGGGUUGCUCUAUACUUCAAUAUGACACUGUGUGUUAAAUAUGCACAUCUCUGUCUUUCUGAAACUAUAGUUACAACAAUAGAAUGAAAGAAGAUUUAUAUGAAAGAAGAUCAUUGCAGUUAUAGAUGCAACUUUUCUGUUGAGAAAAGAAAGCCUGAAAAACCUGUACGGGACUGUUCAGAUAGACUGUUGGUUCUCUCAGGUUAUUAAACAAGUCAGACAAUAAAGCAUUGAUUGAUUCACUCAAUCUUUCAGGGGCCUUCAGCCUUUAUGAUCUAGACAAAGAUGGCUAUAUCACAAGAGAAGAAAUGCAAAAAAUUGUGGAAGCAAUUUAUUGCAUGGUGGUAAGAUUUGUUAAUUCAUUUAAGCUGCAUUUGAUGACUCGCUAAAUGGCAUUUUAGACCAAAAAAUUAUGCAUCUUUACUCUUUCUGGUUCUUUCAUACUGAGGGUUGAUGCCACAAGACUCCUGGGCCGAGUUGUUUGAAGGGCGAUUAGCACUUAAUCCGGGGUUAAAUUUAACCUGGGUUUCUUUUACUUGUAUUCAAAAGCAUUUUCUGGGAUAAUUCUCUCUGUUAUUUUGGGAGCUUUCAAUCAUCAACUUGUAGACAAAAAGAAUUAAAACUGAAAUGCUUUUUAAGCUUUCAAAUGUGAAUUCAAAUCUCGCACUAACCCUGGGUUAACCAGGGAAGUUUUUAAAAAAAUAAUCUUCUGGGUUGGGUCUGUCAUAAACUCCUUGAUUAUUUUCCUUUUUAGCCCUUGUUGAACAGUUUCUCUAAGUUGAUUAUUCUCUAGGCUAAUUAAUCAUGCAGUGAAGAAAUAGUGGCUGGUGAUUUAAUCAGGAACUUGAAUUGAAACUUCAAAAUCCUGGAAUUUCGUUUUCUCUUAGUAGUAGAAAACAUGGCUUAUAAUAAUAUUAUAAUGACUGAGUUGAUAGGUUGGGGGUUUGGUCAGUAAUUUAUGUUUCUUUGUUUUUACUUUCCUAGGGUAGUAUUAUAGAUUUACCAAAGGAUGAAGAUACACCUGAAAAAAGAGUUGACAAGAUUUUUAAACAAAUGGACAAGGUAAAUAUUAAGUAACAGAGCCAGGCCCCCGUUCCAUACAGCAACUUAAGAAGUAAGUGUGAAUUUUCUGAAACCUUUUCCUCUGUUCGAAAGGGAAUAUUUUGUGCUCCCUUUGUAUUUCCCGUACUCAUCAACUAAACUUCUUCAGGAAAAUUAUAUGUGAUAUUGUGCAAAAAAAUCUCCCAGGACAAAGAGAGCGGCUGCAGAAAAUUUGCACUGAAUAUUAAGUUGCUUCAGUUGGGCCUAUAUAAACAUUUGGAGCCAAUCACCAUCGAACUCUUAAGGCAGCAUAAUUGUCAGUUAUCCUUUAUUCAACCUUUAUUCAAAAAUGUUUAGUCUUGCAAUAGGGGUGCCAUCAUGCAAGAUGUCUAGCUAUUAAAAUAAAAUGAAAUAAAGUUUAAAAUAACGAUUUCAUAGCAAUAACAAAUCUCCUACAAAAGAUGAAAUGGAUAAAAAAAAUCACAGCAUUAAUUAUUGUACAAUAUUAAAAUUCAUCAUUGACUCAAAUGCUCAAAUAAGACUUUUUUCAAUCGAUCUGCGGACUUGAUGUUAACAAUUUCUCUUGGUAACGCAUUCCAGUCCUUGGCAGUUCUACAAAAAUAACUAUUCUUAUAAGUCUCAGUAUUUGGCAGCAGUUUGAACAAUAAAAGUGCUCUGGCUAGAGUUCCUUAAAUGUCUUCUGCACUUCACAGGGGCGGAUCUAGGGGAAGGGUGCAGGGGGUGCCCCCCCCGCCCCCCUGAGAUGACCCGCGGUUUUCUAAUACAACUGAUAUUCUGCGAAAAAAAAAACUAUGUGGUUCAUUGGUGUUGAAGUAGAGCAAGAGACGAGUGCACCCCCUCCUAAAAAAAAUCCUGGAUCCACCCCUGCUUCAUAACGUAGUCUGGGAAAGCCAGGCCGCCGUCACCAUGAAUUGCUUUAUGGAAUAAGGUUAACCGUGAGAUUGUUCUUCGUACCUUCAGCGGUAUCCAGUUUAACUUGUUCAACAGGUUGGUAACUGUUCCUGGUUUCCGCGUAUAGCAGUUUUUGACGAAGUGCGCGGCUCCUCUUUGUACUCCCUCUAUUUGUUUGGCGUGUUCUUUUUUUAAGUGCGGGUCCCAAACUGAGCUGGUGUAUUUUUCUGACUUGCAAUUGAGCGCUGUAGUGAUCAGUGAUUAUGUGUAGGCCUUAAAUCAAAGUAAAUAUCAAUCUAAUUUCAAUUUAUUUACUCUGUCCAUAGUGGGGAGUUUGUAAGUUAUACACGUAGCCCAGCUUAGCCCAGUGUAAAAUGCUAUACCAUUGCAUGCAUGCAUGCAUGCAAGCAAUCACUUUCAUGUUAUUCUUUCGUUCAUUUAUUGUUAUAACUAUUAUUAUUUCUAACAUUCAGAACAGAGAUGGGAAGUUGACAAUGGAGGAGUUUCGUGAGGGAUCUAAAUGUGACCCAUGGAUAGUUCAAGCUUUGGCAAUUGAUUUACCUCAUGAAGAUCUCUCUCAAGCUGAAGAUUAACUUACAAACCGCACUAAUACGUUAGCUUGUAUAGUGGUAGCUAAGAAGUAAAAUCUAAAAUAGUAGUCUUAGUUUGUAAAAAUCUUUGUCAAUUUGCUCGGUGGAUAUCUAAUAAUACAUUUAGGAUGUAGAUGGAAUGGACUGAGGCGUUUUCUAUGUGUUGUGAAGUGAAACUUCGUGCUGAGAGUAGUGGAAUCUUCUGGUUAAGGGAAGUUUUUUCGUGGAUAACAAAAGAGUAAAUUGUAGCCCUGCGUUUCUAAAGUCGUUGAUUACCUGUGCUUUCUCUUUUCCGUAGUACAGUGUGUUUAUGUCCAAACAAGGUGGUGUAAAGAAUAUAGCAAAAAUACUGUACAUAGCAGUGACUCAGUCCAGUACCUAAAGUGACCGUCACAACAAACCAUUGUUACAGUUGUGCUCCAAGAAUAAGCAGCGUGGCCGUUAAGUGAAAGUGACACUAUAGUUCACUAUUUUGUGUGCAAACCUUUCUGUAUUUCUCCUGUGUAAAUCCCCUGUUCAGUAAAAAUAUUUCGGGUGAGUAAGAAACGACGUGAUUUAUUAAGGUCAGCCAUUUAUGUGGCUUCUCCUCAAACGCCAGGCCUCGAAAAAGAGACCCGUAAAUUAGGUUUAUGGCGCGUUAUUUUAUGUAGCGUAUUCUAUAACACUCAAAAUCGGAGAAAGUGUAUUUAAUUUUUGGAAUUAUUAGAUAUCGCUGACUAACUCCGAUGUGUUCUUAACAAGACAUUAAUCAGCGCAUAAAUGCACUAAUCCUCUAUCAAUGUGUGCUGUUUGGCUCUGCUCGUGCACAUAUUUUUCAGUAGGGGGGCUUUUCUCUUCGUCCUGGCUUUCUUUUUGUUUCUGUGUUUAUUGUUUAAUCUAAACUUGUAAUGUUCUAAGAGCUAGAACUCUGUGUUCAUGCACCAUUGAUGUAAUGUUGAAUUUUAAAGAACUGUUUAGUUAAUGAUAUGUAAUAUACCAUCUCUUAAGUUAUUUGAUUAUUUAUUAGCUUGUAUCGAGUUGCCAGGUGUUAUAACGA